AUGGACCAGGGCCCGUCGCUCAAGCCCAAGGUCACCGUGAAGCUCGCCUACGCCUCGACAUCAAGACCCCCUUCUCGAAACAACACAACGAGGAUCCCUUCAAGACCAACAUCGCCUACAAAACCCUAUGUUUCAACGGCGAAGCCGAAUCCCGUCCCUAGCCCCGCCUUUCGCCCCAAAGCUAAGGUCAAUAGUAGUGCAAAUAUCCGCAAGGCCGGUACGAGCAGUACGGUGUCGGCGAAUGCCAGCCCGACUCCUCGUGCAGGUUCUCCAGCGAAGUUGAUUUCUCGUCUUCGGAAUGGGGUGAUCUCACCAACUGCUGCACCGAAAGCGGCUCCGACCGUUGGGGUUAGCCGCAGCGUGCGGUCUCCUCCGCCUUCCUCAUUAACUGCAAAUUCAACGUCAGAACCUCGCAACCGCUCUCAAACGACAACAACACCGUCGGGACCUCCACUAGCGCCUACCGAAGAACCAAGGGCUCGGACUGCAAGUGUAUCCCUACAUCAUACCGUCUCAUUCUCCUCUUUCCAUCCGUCGCCUACUUCGACCGUAUCCACCAAUGCAUUUCCUUCCGCCUCUCCUUCCGCCUCUCCCCGACUAAUGCCCUCCAAGUCCGUCGUUGGACUUUCGGACCACGACAGGAGCGACUCGCCUCCUCUACGCAUACGUUCGAAAGUAUCGGCCAUGGUCAAGUCGGCAUCCGACAACCCCCCUCCCUCUCCCACAUCUGUUCUCUCUAGUCCGCCUCUGCAGCCAUCUUCGCGUUCAAUAAAUACACGCGCACGUGCCCCGUCAAUAUCUUCCUCUAUGUCGCUCCAAUCCCGGCCGGUUACGAGCCCGCCGCCCCAAUUCUAUCCAAUCACGACGGCCACACCUGUAGCCAACCCGCACCGCUUCGCGCGCGCGAGUCCGCCUGCUAAGCACCACGCUUAUCAGCCGUUCGGGCAGAAUCCGGGAGUUAGUCCAGCCGCGUCGGACGAAUCACCCUCGAGCAAACCUCGCGUUGCCCGGGUCGCAAAUAUUAAUGGUGUAGCGAAGGUGGACCCUGCGUCGAUACCCCUUCCACCACUCUCGCCUCCGACAUCUGCAGUGUCCUUCUCGUCGCGGUCUUCUGUCUCUAGGUCCUCCGCGAGUGUCUCGUACCUAGGCGGCGCAACCCCGUCGGAUUCCCAGCCUACUUCGACGUCGACGAAUGGCAGCAGUAGGCUUAGCCCCGCGACGCAACAUGGCGGAUUUGGAGGGUCGGGUGGUAAUUUGGAGCAACUCAAGAGCACGCUGGAUAGUUUAAUGGAGUAUACAGCUGGCCUGCCUUCCACCGACGAGUCUGGGGGCGACAGUGCUCAUGAUAGGGACACGGAUGGAGAGAUGGAACAAGCGGAGCGUAAAGUCAAGGCAGCUGCUAAGUCGGAUCGCAAGAUUGCAGACCUGGAAAUUACGAACCGUUCUCUGCUUGCCAUUAACGCGACUCUUGAAGCUACGAAACAUCGUCAAGCGAAGGAAAUCCGCGAGCUACGACGCAAGCUACGCGAAUCACGGCUCAUACUCCCACCGCCCGCCUACCGCGCUGUCAAGUCAUCACUCGGCCCCGCAGAGAUGGCAGACGACGAGGAGGAUGGGUCAGACGCCUCCGAUGCAGACGAAGCAGAACCUGGCGUCGGAGAUGAGAUUUAUCAGCGCGUAAAGCUGAUACUUGACAACCUCCUUAAGUCAGGUCAACAAGCGCUGGAGAAGCAGGUCAAAGACUUCCCAGAGGGCAACAAGAGCACGACGAAGGUGCUCACGGCGGAGGAAGUUCGUGACUGGCAUGGUGAAUUAGGGAGUCAGAACGGCUAUAACGCAGAGCGCGACGAGAAUGACCUGGCGUCGGAACGAAGCACGCCAGAUGUUGACGAUGAUAUACCCACAGACGCUGAUACCUCCUUUGACUACGGCGGCAACGACUCGAUGCUCUCAGAGGAGGAGGUCGAAGCCCUAACGAUACCACCUUCAAGCCCCCCACCUCCGAUUCUCAUCACACAACCCACCUAG